ACUUGAGAUAAGCUUGUAAUUACCUUGGAAUUACUUCGUACAUUAAAGUAGAAUAGACUCGAUUUUAUGCAGAGAACACCGGCGAUGAAAGAAAAUUGUUUGCUUAACAUUAAAUAAAGAGCAUUAAAGUCAUUAAAGUCAUCAAGUUCAUCAAGUCACCGUUAAUUUCAUCAUAUACGUACCCGGCCAAGCACUUUUGUUCAUGAUCCCCUUGUCUUUAUUUCUUCUUCUAUUACAUAGUAGCAGCUUAUUGGAAACCUCCAAAAUGUUCAGGUCUCUCGCCGAACAACCUCAAAGGAGAUAGCAUAUAGCCCAUCAAAUCCUUUAAAGCGUCCCUUCGGCACACGAGAAGGUAUCCCGAUAAGGCCGAUGCUAUGGGCACGAUGAAGGAAAAUAGCGGCGAUGCGCUCACCACUUACCAAAGCCGAAUACCAACCCCGAGGUCCUCGCAUAGCCGUGGCAGUUACGAGAUUGGCGAAUCUAGUGCUGCCGCAAGCCUCAACGAGCCUUCGACAGGUACGACAACAAUAAGCCGUUCUUCUCGCAUAGACCACGACGAAUCGAACUCGAGCCCCUAUGCGCCGGAUCAGGGAGGUAAGGACUCGAAUCAUGAGGUGCAUAAGCGGCGCCGGCCACACAAACCCCGAUCGAGCGGAGGCUUUCUCCUUGCCAAUCCCCUUAUAAACGAACCACAAAAGCAAAGAUCGACGAGUCGGGAUGACGGACGUAGACGAUCACGCAUACCGUUGGAUGGCCGCAAGGGAAAGGGGUCCCUGGCUGUACCGGACAAGUCCAAUGCGACGGGCACUUCUCCGAUGGGGCUGGGUAUUGAUGGGCAGGAGAUGAGGAGGUCGAGCGACGGUCAAACACGACGAGCAAUAAGCCCGGCAUCCGAAGAAGAGAGGCGGCAUAGCCACGGCGGACGAGGAAUCUCGAGGAUACCAACUCCAACUCCGCGACCUAGUACGGCCCCUCUCGAUGUCGAUUCUACCCAGAUCGUGAACAUGGCUCUUAACUUGAGCGAAUCAAGACGUCUGGCCGAGAGGAGAAACAUGUCGAGUCCGAUACCUCCCCGUCUCGCCCAACUUCCUGAUAAUCUGGCUGGGGGUAGUCUUAAGCACCACUUGCAGCAGCAGAGGAGGACUUCCCGUACUAUUUCUCCACGACCUGAUAAAAGCUUGUCUCCGAGGAUUAUUUCGACAUCGUCGAUGGCUAGCCCGCUGCAAUCUUUCGAUCACGACGGCGCCUAUCAAUACCAUUUCUCCUCUUCAACUCUCAAUCGGGCGCAGAAGGCAAAAGAACACCUCGAGCUGAUGGCUCAGUACAGGAGAUUAUUGCAAUUUCUCCCUCCACUCAAGCAAGAUGCCCGUUCCCGACCUUCCUCUUCUGGUCUUUCGACGUCCUCCGGGGCCCUUGGGUCGCCUUUGAACCCUAUUACUGGUGCACCACAGGUCUCGCUAGGUCGACCUUACAACCCCCUUCAAUAUAUACGAAAUCGGAAGGUGCGAGCCCGAGAACGCAGAGCUAUUGAUGGGGAGGCACAAGGGUUUUCGGACGUCUCGAGGGUGACGGAUUGGAUCGACGAAACGGCGACGUCCGCAGCUACGUCGGCUCUAUCACUUGGGCCUUCUUCUCUUCCUCAUUUUCCAGGAGCGCACGAAAAUCCCGAUCAAGACCUCCCCCCUUCUAAUAUUCCAAGGCCGAUCUCGACGGUAGCGAAACCUAAGCGACUGAGAAUAGAUUGGACCAUCGAUCCUGCGGAUAUGCUUGCGGACGCCUACUGGUUAGAACAGGGAGACAACAAAUAUCUCAUCGAAGACCGUCAUUAUUCCAAGAUUUAUCCGCGGAAAUUGGAGCCUCAAGUUCCGAUGAAUAACCAGACGAACGAGCCUAUUGCAUCCGCCCUGCCCGCAUCGUCUACUAAGGAGGGCGACGUGGGUGAUGUGGCUGCUGCUUCGGAGACAGACCGCACAAGUCCAACUAAGCUAGAGUUCGAGAUACCUAUCUUAAGCGCGCGAGAUCGUGCCCGCCAAAAACUUCAGGAUUUGAGGGGGAUGCACCACAAACCGAACGCCUCCCAUAGCCACGACUUCUUACGGUUCAGGAAAGGUUCCUUAUCCGAUACGUCGGAUAGCGAGAGCGACCGCAAGAGACGAAAUCGUACCGGUACUAUUAGUGCUAGCGGUACGGAUCUGCUAGAGAAGCAGAUGAUGGAUAUGCUGGCAAAGGAGGCCGAUGAGGAACAGAAGGUUUCGGACGAGGCUGAUAUCGGACGUCUCAAACAGCUGCCGGCAAGGAUGGCGACGCCCGAAAAGGCUUCCCAUUCCCUAGAGCAAAUGCAUAGCGGCAAAGACUUACGAAUCGACAUGUCUGACAACUACGAGAAAGUCGGCCGCGGAAGGGUAUCGCAGGGGUCUUCGGUAGGUUCGGGACGUGCCAGUCUCGAGGUCCCCGGUCAGAAUUACAGAGUAUCGAUGGACUCUUUAAGGCCGGAGUCGCCAGAGACAAGAUCACGAGGUCGUCAUCUUUAUCUGCCGACUACAGGCGUGGAUGUCUCCCCGCCCAAUAGCCGACCGGGAUCUCCCGGGCGGAAGCCUUUCUCAAGGGUCAAGAGCAUCUUUCGCGAUCGUAGUAAGGAGCGAGAACGUGGUGCCGAUUAUCUGGUUCGCGAGAGAGGCGACAAAUUGGACAGUCCCGCCGAGCCGCCCGAACUGCUAAGUCCUACUGCUGGAACUACGGACCGGGUUGGUUCUCCCGACAGGCGUAGGUCUAAGAGCCUGACGCGCAGACUCAACCCGCGGAAUACCAACGAGGGUCAUAAACCGCAACGUAGCAUGGGAAGCAUCAAGAUGAAAGCUGACGAGCAGCCCGGCCUGCGGAGUAUUUUCAAAGGAGGUGCCAAAUUAGAUGGCAUGAUACGAGGCGGCGUUUCUAAGGUCACCGAAUUGCUAUGGAAGAAGGAUUCUGACGCCGAGGAUGUUUCGUCACCUUCGUCAACUGACGAUCCGGACGAGGACACUAAACGAGGCAGAAUUAGGAGCUCUUUUACCUUAUCUCGUAGCAGCUCGCGGUCGCGGCGUCGGGAUGAGAGCAACCGUCAGAAGAAUUACCUCGACGUUAUGCCUCCUUUCAAAUCGGCUUCGGCAUCUCACGACAAGCCGGCUGCUGGAGAGCUGGAACCUCUCGCUUUAUUACAUACUACAUCUCGACCUACCAGGUCGCCUAGGUUCGACCGACUGAAACCCCCUCGUAUCGACAUCCGUAGAGCCUCGUCCUCGUCCCCGACGGAGCUCGAACAAACCAGGUCCCAUCAAAUCCGCGAUUCGGAUAUAUCCGACACGGAAUCGCGCCCGCGCGACUCGGUCGAUAAGCCGCGGGAUGCGCUGACAGAUUUGGCCGAGAUACCCCCUCUUCCACCUCCGCAGAACCGACCCAGACUUGGUUCUCGGACAUUAUCGGGGAGCGCUCGCUACUGGUCGGUUUCGGACGCCAGCCGGACCCUCCAAAGCACCCAGCUAUCCAGGCGCGAGAUGGCACGUAUCCGCGCGUUAAUAGUAUGCUCCGGCAUCAAGGCCAUGGAGAUCUCGCGGCGCGCACACGAGCAAUAUGCGCUCUCCGCCCUUAACGAUAAAAGCGUCGGGCUGCCAUGGACCUAUAUCCGCCAAUUCCUACCAGACAAAUCGGCCGAUAUUGUCGUAUCAGAGGCUCAGCUAUACCCGACUACCGGGCGCAUACUGUCGGACACGGUUACUCGUUCCAUCCAAGCCUCGGAAACUAGCACGGCGCGAUUCGCAGGCGAGACUGUACCUGCGUUGUACAGGCGCGUAGAUGCUCUGCACGCCCGCGUGGGCGGCGACCUCAUGGAGAUGACGCGACGGGCUGCGGACGAGGCGGACGAAGUCAACCGCGACCUGGUGGACGCGCAGCGACUUAAGGCGAAGAGCGUGACGGACACCAUGGAUAAGAUGCUGCGACGCCGGAGACGGCGGUUCCGGUGGGUUCGUCGCGUCGGCUGGCUAGCGGUCGAAUGGGUGCUCGUCGGGUUCAUGUGGUAUGUCUGGUUCGUGGUGAUGCUCACACGUAUAGUACUAGGCGUGGGAAAGGGCGUCGUAGGAGUCGCGAGGUGGUUGCUUUGGCUGUAGCGCUACCCUCGCGAGGAGGAAGGGAAGGGAGGGGAAGAAAAAUUAAUACGUCGAAUUAUUGCGUUACUAUUGCUUGGUUUGAUGCGUUGCGUUGAGCACCGAGUAUAGGAGGAGGAUUACUUUUGUUAUUUGGACGAAUAUCUUUGGUAAUGAUACCCCUGUGGUUGCGUUGCGUUGCGUUUUUUUCUCUUUUUUUGUCCUCUCUUCUGUCUACUGUCUUCUGUCUAUCCCGCUUUCUUCUCUUAUGACUCUUUUAUUAUUGUUAUACUACUACCGCCAAGAUAGUCCACACGGACGAAACUUUUCUUUUCGAAUUACAGGUAUUCUACGUAUCUCAUGUAAAACACAUGCCUUCAACUGUUGUCAAGGACUACAUACCUCCUAUCUACCUUACCCACGUGCCUUUUCCUUACAGUGUUAUUGCUUUCUACAGCGUGAACUUUGUCUUUUCCGAGCAGGAGAGCAUGACUGCAAGGACUGAGAACAACGACACCCUUUCUUUUUUUUUUUUUUUUUUUU